AUGGAUGGGGUCGAUAUCACAAAGGCUGUCAUCAACAAAGGGAAACAGAUGGCCAGCGUCGCCGCCUCCGCUGCCAAUGGCAAUGGCGGUAAGAAGAGAAGGAAAGGCACUGAUCUGAAGCCUAUCGUCACAAAUGAUCCAGCUGCUCCUGUCGUCGAUCCAGCAGCAGCCACCACUAGUGAGGGUAUGCCCGCCGUCGCCUCGCAACAAAAGACCGCAUCCGAGUCGCGAUCGUCUUCCUCAUCCUCUGGCGAAGAACUCGAGACUACGGCCGAAGAGGAGGAUUCCGAAGAUUACUGCAAGGGUGGCUACCAUCCCGUCACCGUCGGGGAAACCUACAACAAUGGUCGCUAUGUUGUCGUGCGCAAGUUGGGCUGGGGCCAUUUCUCCACCGUCUGGUUGUCCCGCGAUACCACCACCAGCAAACACGUCGCUCUCAAAGUCGUUCGCUCCGCCGCCCACUACACCGAAACCGCCAUCGAUGAGAUAAAAUUGUUGAAUCGGAUCGUUCAGGCCAAACCGUCUCACCCUGGCCGAAAACAUGUCGUCAGUCUGCUCGACUCGUUCGAGCACAAGGGUCCGAAUGGUGUCCACGUCUGCAUGGUGUUUGAGGUGUUGGGAGAAAAUCUGCUCGGGUUGAUUAAGCGCUGGAACCACCGUGGGAUUCCCAUGGAACUGGUUAAGCAAAUCACCAAACAGGUGCUUCUGGGACUGGACUAUAUGCAUCGGGAAUGUGGUAUCAUCCAUACAGAUCUGAAGCCGGAGAACGUGUUGAUCGAAAUUGGCGACGUCGAGCAGAUCGUCAAAACCUACGUUAAGGAGUCGAAGAAGGAAAUCAAAGAGGACAAUCCCAACGGUCGGCGGCGGCGUCGAACUCUCAUCACUGGAAGCCAGCCGCUGCCCAGCCCGUUGAAUACCAGCUUUACGCCCAAUGAAUUCAGACACGGUUCGCAAAAUUCUCAUAGCAGCCUCAACCAAAUGCUUAAUGGAUCGCCUGGUCCGUCCUCAAACGAAGGUACAUCGCUAAAGGAAUUGUUGGGCAUCAAGGAAGAGGAUGAGAAACAAAAACAGAGGGAAAAGACAACCGAUCUCCUGGAGAGAGAAGUGUCGGGCAUCUCGCUAGACAAAACCUCGACAAAAACAUCAAGUUCAGAGAUAGAUUGUGACAUCAUUUCCGUGAAGAUUGCCGACCUGGGCAAUGCUUGCUGGGUGGGCCACCACUUUACCAACGACAUUCAGACACGACAAUACCGCUCACCAGAAGUUAUUCUGGGCGCCAAGUGGGGUGCCAGCACAGACGUUUGGAGUAUGGCCUGCAUGGUCUUCGAGCUUAUCACCGGAGAUUACCUCUUCGACCCCCAAUCAGGUACAAAGUACGGCAAAGACGACGAUCAUAUUGCACAAAUCAUCGAGCUUCUGGGUCCGUUCCCCAAGUCGAUCUGUUUAUCCGGAAAGUGGUCGCAGGAGAUCUUCAACCGUAAAGGCGAGCUGCGGAAUAUCCACCGACUACGCCAUUGGGCUUUGCCCGACGUUCUACGGGAGAAGUACCAUUUCUCCGUCGAAGAAAGCAUGCGCAUCAGCGAGUUCCUAUUACCGAUGCUGGAGUUGGUUCCUGAAAAACGUGCCAAUGCCGGUGGUAUGGCUUCUCACGACUGGAUGAACAAUACCCCGGCAAUGGAUGGGAUUGACCUCGGCAUUACGCCUGGUAGUCGGGGCGAAGGGAUUGAUGGAUGGGCCACAGAGGUUAAAAAGAGGUGAAAAUGGGAGGCCCAAGCAGCGUAUUUGACAUGUGGAGUUGAGUGAUGAUUUCUUUUCUUCUCACGUUACCGACACUCGGUGGGCUUUGUGGAUUUUAUCGAAAUCUUUUUUGGUUUUGUUUUGCCUCUUAUUCUGGACGUGAUAAUUUUCUUUCUUUUUUUCACAUGAUGCUCGCAUGUCUUUCUUUUCACCAUCCGCCUUGCCCUUCCUCCCCUUGUUUCGUUCUCAUACAUAGAGCCUCGACCACACCAUGCCUCCUCUUUCUCCUAUCUGCCCCUAUUUAUCCUUGAGGGGUCAAGCGUUGAGAUUUCUUGGGACACUUAGACGUCAGAUAGACCUGCCCUUGAAACCUACCUCUUUCUUUCCUACCUUCACAGUCUGCUAGGUUAUUCUGUUCUUUUGUGGUUACGAGAGCCUUUGCGAGGCAUG